GUCUACGAGAUGUGUGCGCUGUGUAUAUUUUUUGCGUAACUAAACGAUACACAUUUAAGAAGAUUAACGGGCAUUUAAAUAAAAAACUAUAUUUUACUGGAAUGUUCUCCUCCGCAUAGUGAAAGGGUACGCAACGUACCUCCACAAAAGUAUUAUGUCAUCUUUAAAUAACUUCGAACAGAAUUAGAGGUAUUUUUACGGAUUACUUUCUCAACGUGCACACUCGUUAAAGUCCUUCUCGAGAUAACCAAUGAGUGAUAAACGUGGAUAGUGUGUGCGAUUUAUUUAUUAUUUAUUUUAUCGAAAAAGUCAUCAUUUGGUGUUAAAAUGAAAUCGAUUUACGUCUCAAUUUUACUCUUUUACGUCGUCAUCCGAGCCGAAGAUAACGUAAAGAAGACCAAUUCUAGAGAUGUUAACGACGCCGUGUCUGCGGAUUACGCAUUAACUAAAAUACCCGUCUACGUAAUACCCAACACUCUACAACUGUCUGAGGCCAAAGUACCGGUAGCGGUGAUUCCGGGUGCUUACCCUCCGGCAACCUAUUAUAAUCCUGAUGUAAAAGAGACGCCGGCGAAACCUCAUAAGUAUGGAUUUUACGCGCCGUACAAGACACCAAAUGUGACACCGAUUCACGAGCCACAACAACCUGAAAGUUACGCUACGCCGAAAUUUCAACACGCUUAUGCCAUCACGGAUCUGAACCAAAAAUCCGAUUACAACGAGAACCCAUCUUAUAAAGUAGCAGUCAUCGGUAAAGAUUACCAAACCAGUCAAACUUUCGUCAAAUACGAAUCGACGCCGAAAAGUUUACCCGAGAAACACCAAAGUUUAUCACACGGUAAUAUCUACGCUUCUUUAGCUCCAGUCGUAGGAUACUCAGAUCAGGCAGCUUUGGGUUACGUGGCGCCAAAAAAAAUCGCUUACGAUUACCAACAACAACAACAACAAGCAGAACACCAACCACCAACGCAAUAUUACAUCAAAUAUGUCCCAGUACCUUACGCCGUACCUGAAGAUCAAUACCAAAAUAUUCCAGAUACAGCCUAUAUAACUCCAAAAACCAUAUACAAGAGUCCCAAGAAACCAGCUUUCGUACCAGAAGUGGAAGCUUCUACUCCGAGCUACGCUUACUCCAACGAAGCAUACCAAGAUACCAAAUACGCAGCUUCAUAUGCACCUUCGCAGGAAGCUUACCAGUAUCCGGAGUACAAAUACGUCCAACCGGCAGCUUAUAAAUAUUACGAUAAGAAUGUGUACGCUAAGAAAUACGUGCCUACUUCGUAUCUAGUAGCCACAUUAGGUAAAGAAGGCUCUACGCAUUACGCUGCCAAUAUCCAGCAUGAUAGUUCACUACAAGAACACGCUUACCAGACCAAAUUGGCUAGUCCUUUGCAAGAACAUUCGUACGCCACAAAACUUUCAAGUUCGUUGCAAGAGCCAUCUUAUACGACGAAACUGGCUCCGGUGCCUUUACCUGUAGAUAAAUACGUUGUGCAAGACUCUCCAUCGUCUCAAGAAGAAAAUAAGUACUCGGAGAAUGGAUACGCUUACGUGUACCCGAGCACAGAUACCAAAUAUAAGCCUUUAUUUAGUGUUCCUCAGCAAUAUAGCUAUGAUUCGUACGGCAGCGGCAGCCAGCAUUACAACAAAAAAGAUGUAGAAUCUGUGUCAUCGACUAAAUCUUACGAAUCUAGUACAUCAAAAUUAUAAACCUUUCGAUCUCUUUCACUCUCACUGUAGGUAGUUUGUUUUCAUGUUGAUAUUUCAUAUUUUUAAAAUAUUUUUCAUUUUUUUUUUUUUUUGUAAUAUAAAAUAAAACGUA